CCAAACACAGGAUGAAUGAAAAGUAAGCAAGGGAACCAUUUUAAAGACAAACCCCGCCUUCUACAACUACUACUACUACUACACUCGCUGGGUGUUCAACUUCAAAACUGUAAAGAACAAAGGUACAGCAACGCAAACAUCCUCACUCUCGAAAGUGCAGUGCUACUGAUCUGUUCUAUGAGCACAAAACCAUAAAGAUCUCCAAGAAGAAUAGCUCCCCGCGUAAUAGUUAUAUAGAUCUACCGAUACCUAACAUAAACAAAGGAGGAAUAACAACAAGCACGGGAGGAGCCGUUUCAGAGACAAACACCGCCUACUACUACUACUACAAUCACGUGGACUGGCUGAGGUCAAAUUUAAAACCAUGAAAUCGUCCUGUCUGAAGAGCACUACUGCUGACCAUUUCUGCAAGCGCAAAAUCAUCACCAUGAAGAAUAAACGUGCUUUGGAAGACAAUUUCUUGCGACCUCUUAUAGUGGAAGUGAUGCGACCUCUUGUGAUGACAAUGACAAAAUUGGAAAGUAGGGUGCAAGAUCAGCAGAAGUCACUAGAAAUAAUGAUAGGUACCAUCGAACAUUUGAAACAAACUCAGGCUGCUGCACCCACUGGACCUGAUUUAUCUCUGCUGGACGGAUUGCUACCAAUACAAAGAUAUGGUAGACUUUGAGGACUUUGAACAACAGAUAAAUGGGGACAGUGCACUUAGAAAGUCACUGGUACAUCGACUCCAGAUUCUUGGGGGAGCAACCGUCAAAGCAGCAGUCAAAACCAUGAUUGACUUCUGCAUGACAAGUGGACUCCAGUAUGAGUUCAACUGGGAAGGUCAUCUUGGCUGUAAGACUAAAACAAAUACAUGCAAGAAAGGGUUCAAGAACACGACACUGUGUGGAAUUAUAAUAAAUAUUCUGGUGAACAAGACACAAUUAUCAACUGAUGAAACUGAAGUAGGGAAAACUAUGCUAUGCACUGUGACAGAUACUUUGAAGGAAAAGACCAAAAGACUUGCACAGUCAGCAAAGUCAGAUGAGAAUCCCAAUUCAUAUCAACCUAAUUUUGGUGAAGAUCCUGAAGGAAUAUAA